UAUACAGAACCACAGUUUGGUUCCGGGCCCGGCCUCCGGCUGGUGGCACCGGGCCAUUUGUCUCCGCCAGCCAAGGCCUGGCCCUGGUUUCCACGAUACCGGGAAUGCCCCACAGUUAGCCUUCACACCUGUUAGGGGCUUCUCCGCUCCUGUCACCAACCCAGCGGGAACCCCCUGCAGCACUCGCCCUUGGCUGCAGAGAUGGCCAAAGGGGACCCGGACGGCGCUCUUCGCCUUUCGGGGCAGACCCCUGUGAGACCCGGCGCGAGAGGCUGGGCGGGGCGGGGGCCGGGGAAGGCGGGAGAGGUCGAGCCGGGCGGAGAGGGGUAUGGGAAGGGCCGGGGGAAGGGCGAUCUCCGCUCGCGUAACGCUCCCGGAGCCUGCCGCAGAGGCGGCGGGGCUGAGCCGCGGAGGGGAUGGAGCUGCCACCAGCCUCUGCUCUCUUCCCCACAGCCCCAGCAUCGCCUCCCCUUGCCCGGCCGCGCCACUCCUUAGGCCGCGCAGGGUGAUCCCGAGCGCGGGUGAGCAACAUCUCACCCUGGACUGGAGAAGAGGGCGGGCCAGGGCCAAGGCACGGGGACUCCUCGCGUCCGGGGCGACCUGUGAGUCUCCCGAGCGCUGGGAGACCCCGAUCCGAUCGAAGCUACGUGCGCCCCUCCUCGUUCCCCGGGGCGGGGAAUCGGUGCGAGGCUCGGCCGCUGGGCCCCGGGUGCCCGGGUAGCCAAUGGCGGGCAGCGAUGUGGCGAGUGAGGGGCCAUCGUCGAGGGUCGGCGCGACCCGGAGACCCGGGGCCACCGGCGGACUGCGUAGCCAGGCGGCCGCCAGCUGCCCUGAGCCGCUGUCCGCUGCUGAAGCUCCGGCCGAACGCGGCGCGCUGCCCGCCUGGAUGCGCCUCUACUUCUACGGGAUGCACGGCAUCACCCUGGACGUGCUGGUGUCCUCUGCCAGGCGCUUCGCCCGCAGCCUGGAUCUGCGGAUGCUGGGUUUCUCUUCGCCCUACCGCUGCCUCCUGCACUCGCUCACCCACUUCGCCCUGGAGCAGCUCUACCUGCAGCGGCCGCGCUGCCCCAGCGCCUUCCUCUUCAAUUUCCUGCUCUACCCCUCUGCGCACGUCGGGCUGCAGACCCUGGCUGGCCAGGCGCUACGGCUCAGCCUAGGCGGCGGGCCGGGGGGCGCGGCCGCGCCGGCGCUGGGGGCGCUCGACCUGGCGCUGCAGUACGUGCUCGCGCUCUACCACGGCCAAGUGUUCCUGAAGCGCUUCCUGCGUUUGCGGUACCCGCGGCGGCGUGAGCAGCACACCAGGGACACGCUACCUGCAGCUCCGGACGCCCAAAUCCUUUGGGAGGCUGGUAGCCAGCGACGAGGACCCGGUGGCCCAAGGGGCACAGAACGAUCUCCUACCCAGGGACUGCCCGACCUCCUCCGCUUCCUUUUCUUCGGAAUGCAUGGCUUUCUGGAUGAGAUCUUCUUCACCUUCUUCUUCAAUGUGCUGGGGCAGGGGGACGGGGUCAGCAGUGGCCACACAUCCCUCUGGUCUUUCUUCAUGUACGGAAGUUGUAGUUUCGUGGUGGAAAAACUCUACUUCCACCUUCACUACAGCCGUGGCUGGGGCACGUGGAAGCGGGUGCCCAUCUAUGUGAUCUUCAUCUAUGCGUGGGAGUUUUCCUGGGGUCUGGGACUUCGUAUGUGCGGGGCCUGUUCCUGGGACUAUUCUCACUAUCCUCUUAACUUCAUGGGCCUCAUCACCUUAAUGUAUUUACCUGGUUGGCUAUUUCUUAGUGUGUACCAGGACCUACUGUCCAACGUGUUGUGGCGGGUGCAGUAUGUCCCAACGAACUAAGAUUAGAGGGGACAAAAAAAAAAAAAAGGAAGUAUUGGAAUCUAAAAACGAUGCAAUUUAUUUUUACACAUUGUAAACAAGGUGGUUUUGCUUUCUGUCUUUUAAGUUUUAUACAUUUUACCAAACUCUUCCAACAUGCGCUUGACAUUUUAGUUGUCUGGACUGCUUGGAAUCUAUAUGUAAAGUUCAAUACUUUGAAAUGUUACUCAAAAAUAACUCAGAAUAUUUAACUCGUCGACAAUUUAAACUUUAUGAGGCCGAACAGCAAAACCACUCGACCUUAACAUCAGAAACGGGUAGUAAGUAGUCACUUGACCUCGGUGAGUGAUAGCUACAUGUUUUUCUGUUCUUCCAUAGAAGUUUUCAGACCAGAGAACAGUGACUUCUACAAGUUUCUGAUGUAAUGAUCUGUCUGCUUUGCUUUCAAUGCAAUUUCCUUUUACUUUCUUGCUAUGUUUACCAGUGGCGGCUGAAACUCCGUGUCUUGUCCUUCAGAAACUCCAGUCCACAGCUACUAAAGUGCCUCUGUCCAGCGUGCAGAUGAAAGGAAGCUGGCAAGUGGGAAAACAUCCCGUGAACUCAUGUUGACAUGAAGUCCUUCCUGUGAACCCCAACAGGUGACACUGGGUGGAGAUGUUUGAUCACCAUCUUGGAAAUGAUGGCUUUCCAAUGUUGGCUAGCCUUAAACACAAUGCGUGUUAGCAUUAAUCAGACCAUGGUGUUAUCAAAACUUUUGUAACUGUGCAAUAACUUUACUGUCUACCCUAUAUGUCCCAGGGCCUAGGGAAAUUAGACGACCUUCAGUCGUGUUCUAACUCUAAGGACCCUUUUUCUACACAGAGUUUCAAAUAUAGAAACAGUACUUUGGAAUAAAAUGAAUCUGAAUUCUCCCUCUAAUUACAUCAGGCCUAAUUGGUUUCUCUACUUACUGAUGGGUUUUCUCCAUAUUUCUCCCACAGUCUGCCCCCCACCUUUUUUCCUCCCAGACCCAGAAUUUGGGGUCAGGCUGAUGCAGUAAUGCACAGUAUAAAUCCAUGAUAGCUUUUUGACAGCUUAUGAUUAAUUAAUGUCUAAAAGCUUCAAAGUUAAAUGAGAUGAUGGAAGCCACUCUAAGAAAUGAUAGCUAAUUGAUUAAUAAUGUACUCUGAGGGUGUUUGUUUUUUUAUUGUAUUCAGAAGAGCAAGUAGGACUGAGUGCAUGCGGGUCAGCCAAGGAUGACUAAAAACCUCUCAGCUUUCAGAACAAAGAUAAUUAGGAAAACUUAGAACAUUUCUUAAUGAGUUUAAAUCUUCCACUUGCCUGUGCUGUAAAAAGGGAUGUUUUUGUUUCAAGAGGGAAAAAAAAAAAAGGUUGCUAUGAAGAUAGAAAAGAAUGUGAAUGUGUAUUUACAUGUGAUGUGAAAUACAGUUCUGAUAGUGUUAUAUCCACCCAUCCCCUGAGCUAAAUUAUAAGUACUGGUAUAUAGUCAACUGUACCUGUGAGAUGGAUGAUGGUCAACUAAUUCUUUUCAUCAGCCAAAAGCUAAAAGGCUCUAUGUCUACCAAAGGUUUCUCGUAAUUUUUUUUUUUUUAUGACAGUUUGUCACAGGCCAACGGUUCCUGAAAAUGCUUGAGGGAAAAAUAUCUAAGUAGAGAUGGUAAAGCUAGACGGUGCAUGGGAGUCUGAGUUCAGUGUGUCACAUCUCACAUUCCUGGGAAGGUUGGUGGAGUCAGCACCAUGGCUGCUGAAAUGCUUAUUAAAUUAUCCGCACUCACCUCCUCCAUCUGCUGCAUUCGGAGCUACAGAGGAGCCCACUAGCCUUCUCUGACUCAGAAAACCCCCGUGUACACACGGGGGGACACACGCCAUUUCAGUCUCCAUUUAAUACUGCCCCCAUCAGGACAGAGCAAAGUUUUCACUCACUAAACUUAUUUAAGAAAUAGUGCCCAGACAGUUGCGACCACUUACCCAGCCAUGAAGCACUGGAUAAAUCUUUGUCCUUACAAAAUUGGCAAACUACUGUUUUGAUUUAUUUGAAAUUAUACUCCUUUGGUGUUGGUGUUGGUGUUGGUGUUGGUGUUGGUGUUGGUGUUGGUGUUGGUGUUGUUCAAGACUGUUGGUUUGGUGACGGGUACUGAGCAGUUGGAGUUGUAACUCUCAUCAGUCCUGUCCCAGGAAUACGACAAUCCAUAAUUCCUAAAAGUUAACCCAACUAACAGCCCCUCUGCCAGUUCUGCAGAUUGCUAGCUGUGUAUUCAGGAAGCGAUUAGCCUGUCUGGUAACUCAGUGUGCUGUUUUAGGGCUUCUCAUUUCCUGUUUGCUCCACUUCUUAAAGGAGACAUUUUGCUAUGAUCUUUGAAUCUUCAGGAAAAAAAAAAGUCAGAUCAUUUAACUUUAUUAUAAUUAGUAAUUUAGAGGUGGAAAUGAUAAGACCAUAUGAUAGUUAAUAUUUUAAAAGCAUUUGCUAUCUGACAAAACUUCCCUAAAAUGUUUAUGUAUAUGUAUUAUAUAGAUAUCAAAUUGAGAACACAUUCUUAUAUACUAUGCCUUAAGUGAAUAUACUUACAGUAUAUAUUUUAAGUACAUACUCAUAUAUGUGUAUAUAUUCACUUAAACUUGCAACAACCCUGCUUUUAUAGAUGAAGGCAAUAAAACUUAAGCCCAAAUAGAUUCAAUAACUACCCAAGAUAUAUAGCUUUUGAGCAUAUAUUUGAAUUAAUGGAUGCUGAACUCCUCAUUUGUUUUUAACAGCAGCUUGAUUGUGCCUCAGUCUAAUGACCUCAGUGAUUUAGAUCUUGUCUGGACUGCACUUCCCUUGACUGUUAGAAAUACACAGACAACUGUAUAGACGGAAGACAUUGUUGUUGCAAAAGACUCAUGUUGCUCUUUUAGUAUAUGGUAUACAACAAAUUAAUUAAUAUCAGGAUAAAUAACUGACAAUCAGCCUUCUUUUACAUUUAAAUAUAAUGCCUUUAUAUUUAAUCAGUGCUCUGAAAGGAAGCUCAUCCUAUAAGCUAAAAUUAUCCGCCACAUAUAAAUGUAAAACUAAUAUGCUAAGAAGCAGAGUAGGUCAUAUCACACAGUAUGAAUACACAUUAAAUUGAUCACUGUUAUACAUUAAAUAUUGUACUUAAAGCAGAUAUCAUUGUAAGGACUAAACACACUCAAAGUGAGAACAGUUUUAGCCCACUGUGGUGGCACACCACUCUAAUCCUCAUACUGAAGCUGCUGUGGCAGGAGGAUUGCAGAUUUGAGGUCACUCUAGGGCACAUAAGGAUAUCCUGCCUUUAGAAAGGACUUAUUUUUACAAAGACAUUUAUUCGGAGUUCUACUGAGAAAAUACAUUCUUAAUGGGAAAACAUAAAAGGAACAAGUGUGCUUAAUAUAUACAAUGUUGAGCUUUCUUUUUAGAAGUACUUGAAACUUUAAAUCAAUUCUAUUAACUUCUGUGAAUCUAAAGAGGAAUAUAAGCUCUUGACUUUUCAUGUUAACAAUGGAUACAGAAGUCCGGAUAUCCAAGAAAAACCCCCAAUAAAGUUGCUAACACAUUGCAUUACUUCAAGCA